AUGGAGGAAGGUCUGGCUCUGGGUCUGGCUCAGGGUCUGGCUCAGGGUCUUCAGUCUGCUGGGCAGAGAGAUGCCCAGGAGGACCCUGAUAAGAUGCACAGAACUACCCAUCAUGUGGACGAUGACUCAGCGUUGUCCCUCAGAGUGUCUCUGAGAUGUCAGGGCGUCCCUGAACCUCUCUCUGCAGAGGGCGUCUCCUCUCAGGGCGUCCCUGAACCUCUCUCUCCAGAGGGCGUCUCCUCUCAGGGCGUCCCUGACCCUCUCUCUCCAGAGGGCGUCUCCUCUCAGGGCGUCCCUGACCCUCUCUCUCCAGAGGGCGUCUCCUCUCAGGGCGUCCCUGAACCUCUCUCUCCAGAGGGCGUCUCCUCUCAGGGCGUCCCUGAACCUCUCUCUCCAGAGGGCGUCUCCUCUCAGGGCGUCCCUGACCCUCUCUCUCCAGAGGGCGUCUCCUCUCAGGGCGUCCCUGAACCUCUCUCUCCAGAGGACGUCUCCUCUCAGGGCGUCCCUGACCCUCUCUCUCCAGAGGGCGUCUCCUCUCAGGGCGUCCCUGACCCUCUCUCUCCAGAGGGCGUCUCCUCUCAGGGCGUCCCUGAACCUCUCUCUCCAGAGGGCGUCUCCUCUCAGGGCGUCCCUGACCCUCUCUCUCCAGAGGGCGUCUCCUCUCAGGGCGUCCCUGAACCUCUCUCUCCAGAGGGCGUCUCCUCUCUGAGAGAAAAAUGCAUGAUGGAAAAUCAUUUCAAACCGAAUGUAGUAGAGACCCUGUGA